AUGGCAGGCCCUCCCAACAAACGCCAAAGACGAGAGGAGUACAAAAAAUCCCAGGCCAAGGUCCAGGAUGGCAGGGUCGAACUGCCCAAGAAGAAAUUCUAUCGCCAGCGUGCACACGCCAACCCGUUCUCCGACCAUCUUUUGGCAUAUCCUCUCAGUCCCGAGAGCAUGGACUGGACCGGGCAUUAUCCCGCCUUUACCCAGCCAAAACAGGCGGACGAGGAUGCACCGCGUAUGACGCGCGAAGUUGAAAUCGCCGACAUCGGUUGUGGGUUUGGUGGCUUGAUCGUCGCACUUUCGACACUGUACCCGGAGACGUUGAUGCUUGGAAUGGAGCUUCGGACACAAGUUCUAGACUACGUCAUCAGUCGUAUCGCAGCACUCCGGGCCCAGAACCAGUCGGCCGAGAGCGAAUACUCACCUUAUCAGAACAUUUCGGCGGUGCGCUCGAACACCAUGAAGUUUCUCCCCAACUUCUUCCGCCGGGCCCAGCUGUCGAAGAUCUUCCUGUGUUUCCCGGAUCCGCACUUCAAGCAGAGGAAGCACAAGGCUCGAAUCGUCUCGGCGCAGCUCAACGCCGAGUAUGCGUUCGUCACGAAGCCCGGGGGCAUGGUCUACACCAUUACCGACGUCGAGGAGUUGCAUCGGUGGAUGGCCAAGCAUUUCGAAGGCGAAGAGGCGGGUGAUUCCCGGGAACUGUGGGAGAGGGUACCGGACGCGGAGUUGGAUUCAGAUCCUUGUGUCAAGAUCAUGAGCGAAGAGACCGAGGAGUCCAAAAAGGUGACGAGGAACGGCGGAAAGAAAUUCAUCGCCGUCUUUAGAAGGAAACCUAACCCCGAGUGGCCAUGA